CCCACUCCCAUCUCAACACUGUUUGUUUGCCUCCUGGAUUGAAAAUUCUUCGAACAAAGGAAUUUGGAAUUGGCUUCGAUCUCACACGGUAUGUUGUGCGACGGUGUACAAGAGCGAUGAACCAACCUAUGACCCACCCUGGAUCGUCGGGGGAACUGGUUAGGGAAAGUUUUGAGAUCGCUGAUCGAGAUCGGGUACGAUUUCUGCUCGGCAGAAGGGGCGGGGGGUUAGCUACCGCAGUGAAGAAUCAAGAAACAAUGCAGCUGACCUUCCCGUGGGUGACGAAAAACCGGUUUUUACCUGCCCCUGCCCUAUCUAUCGCUCCUUACUUACUUUUUAUAUUCUAUUUUUAUUUCCGUUGCUUUUCUGGGAAUUUUCUGAAAAGGGGUAGAUACUCUGAGCUCUCAAAGAAACUUUCGCAGGAAUUUCCAUGUGGUAGGAUUCUUGUACCAAACCUAAGCAACAAUCAAACUGAACCUGGUACCUGGUGUACCAUCCAAGGACCCUGAUUGAUUAGUAAAAAUAAUGUGACAGGUUGCUAUCGCAUCUUCGAUCAGCCUCAACUAAUUUUGACAUCCAUUUUCCCCAUCUGCAAGGGAAUAAGCAAUGACAGCUGUCAUGGACCAAUACUUGUCAUCGCCCCAGCGUGCGUGUCCAUGAUUUCUUUUUUCCCUUGGGG